AUGAGACGAGAGUGUACAUGCUCUAUGUAUGGGGGGGCGACCCACACGGUCAGAACCCAGCGCGAAUGGGAGCGGCAUUCAGCCUUACUUCGACGAGAUAAUCAACGGGCAGCAUUGAGAUCUCGAGCUCGACGUCCUCAUGAGCACCGAGGACAAGAAGACCCCCCUUCCCCACCUGGCCAAACUGCCUUCUCCUCCGCCUCUGGUUCCGACGUAGACGACGAGGACCAUCCUUCUCCGCCUCGUCAAACUAGUCUUGACUCCGCCUCUGGUUCCGACGUAGACGACGAGGACCAUCCUUCUCCGCCUGAUCAAACUGCCUCCUCUGCCUCUGGUUCCGGUGUAGACGACGAGGACCAUCCUUCUCCGCCUGGUCAAACUAGUUUUGACUCCGCUUCUGGCUCCGACGCAGAACAUACCCGUGACAAUUCAAGCCCCGAAGCGGAUGAUGAGGAGGUUUCUUUAUAUAUGUCACAUUCGGAGCCACAGGAACCCCCGAACCCCUCUACAACAUUUACCGACUUAAGAGACCUACCUCACUCCACUGUUUCCCCGGGAGACUCACCCUUCCAGAACCAUUGGGACCCCGAAGACGUCUAUUCAGAGUUGGGUUCUGAAGCUGACGAUGACAUUGAUUCAUUAGAGUCAUUUGGUGGGAGUGAUACAUCAGGGCCUAUAGGUCAGAUGAAUCGUGGGAUUGCCGAUUAUUCCGACGAACCUGCUGGUGAUUUGGACGAGUUUAGCUCAGAUUCCGAUUCGGGGGAGGAACUAGGAACUCAAGAGGACGUUGAUUUGUCUGUCAUCAGUGAGCACGAUGAAGAGUUCUUUGAUUUCCAGGAUCCGAUUAGUCGACUACCCACGAAGCAGGAGAUGCUGUCCUUUUCGAUACACGACAUUGCUCUGAAACACAAGAUAGCAAGAGAGGCAGCACGAGAUACAUCUGAGCUUUUUUCAGCAGUUCUACCGCCGGAAGAGAAGCCUCUUGACUACCGUACAGUGCGGGCCAGGAUACAGAAAAUGACAGGGAUCAAAGAAGUGUUGUAUGACUGUUGUCCGUUAAGCCACAUGUCUUAUGCAAUGUAUCCCGACCUAGAUCGGUGUCUUACCUGCGAGCACCCUCGAUGGAAGCCAAGCAAGAACCCCGACGAUGAUCCUUCAGCUGCACAAGCGCGCAAGCCCUACGCGACCCAUGGGUAUAUCCCAAUCAAACAUAGACUGAAGCUUUUAUACUCGAACCCAAGUAUGGCUGCCUUGAUGGUGGCAUAUCGUUACGGCGCAGAGCAGCAACGCGCAAGACGAGUUCGAACAGACUUUUGGUCAAGUGAUUUAUUCGAAGAGAAAAAGGAAUUCUUUCCAAAUGACACCGAUAUUGCGUUCUUAUUAAGCACAGAUGGAGUGCGUGUCUUUAAGAGUAGAAGAAACUUCAGCAUUUGGCCAAUCCUAUUGGUGAGUAACAAUGUUAACGUGUUCUGCCUCAAAGUUGAGUUUCUUCGUUGCUAA